GCUAACGUUGAGCAAUCAACAAAAAGAAGAGAAAACUCUUUCCUCUUAUUUUUAAGAGCAUCAAAAAAGCAAAGAAACCUCGUUUUUCUUUCUAGGUGGAGCAUUUUUGCAAGAGCAUAAAAGAAGAGGAAAGAAACCACUUUUGAAUAACAUCAAACUUUUGGCCCUUUCCCAGUAUUGUCGUGGUCCGCGUUGUCAAGAAACUGUACGUGUGGAAGCAACGCGCUUUUUUUAUCCCCACGCUCUAGUAUUCAAUCUGAGUGUAUUAUUCUUGAUUCUGAUUCUGAUCUGAGGAAAUACGUACAUAAAUAAAAACUCGUAAUCCAACUCGAUUUUCUGGUACUAUUAUUGUUCGUGGGCUAACGCAACUUCAAAGCUCGUAAAAACUGAAAAAGAUGGCACCACCUUCCUCCCGCCAGUCUGUAGUGGCUACAAUGACCAAGAAGCUCCUCCUUGUGUCCUUGGCUUCUACUGGGAUCCUUUUUUGUUCAGCAGCUCGACAUGAGGAGCAGCAGCAGCAGCGAGGACGCCAGCAGACGGAACUGACAGAUCGAGUGCGCGGUUGUCCUGGUGCUUGUCUCGCCACGCUGACACUGGUAGUUUCUGCGGCUGGUGGGGUCAUUGGGCUCAGCAGGUUCACCGGAUUCGACGAAUUGGUGGGCGACUUCUGCGAAGAGGACAUGUCAUGCCGAACUUUCUACAAGGGGACAGGUGGCGAGCUGUAUCCUGGUGGCAAGAAGGGUAUUAUCGAGACUACAUGGCCGUGGUGUUGGCUCGUCCCUCAGUGGGGCCCGUCGACGAUGUGUAAAACGAGAGUCACGAAGGACCAGGACACCUUUGAAAACACGAGUUGCGUUGCACUUGGCGGAGAGCUGAAACUGACUACCAUCUUUAGCAACAUGAUCAACGAACAGCUCUACGGCAACAAAAACGCUAGUCCCGAGUGCAUGCGCUACGUUCUUCUCAUCCAAUGGCAACAAUUAAGGCUCCACAUCCUCUUGUUGAAGAAGAAUACACACACUUGCAAGCCAUCUCACUAUUUAACCUCUCGCUCCAAUUGUCCGGAAGCAGUGCGUGAACGUCACCCAGGAUCAAAUUAUCAGCUUUGUUGAGACUGCCCCGCUACUUCUACAAGCUCCACUAUGCUGCUUUCUCUGAUCUUUUACCUGCUAGAGAUACCAUUCAGACAGAGACAACGACGGUUCCAGUGAUUCAAACGCCUCGUCAAUGCUCUCACUUAUUUCCGUUUUCAGACUAGGCCAACUGUUUGAACAUCGCAACUCAGGGAUGCUGUAUGCAAAAAUGGAUAAUGUUGAGAGGCUUUUGUUAGUGCUAGUGCUUGCUUCUAACAAGACAUCCCAAGACCUUCGAGGACGUCUACUUCAAAGAGCCGGCGCAGAUAGCUCUGUCAAAAGCCUGCCGUAAACGUACUGCCAUGGAUAUCGUGCGACGGCCAGAAACGCUCGAGGAGCUUGAGGAACAUAUUAAAGGAGAGGUGGAGCGAAAGCUGCGCGAUACUCGUGGUACUUGGCCACGAUGAUCUUCGGCACGAUGUUUUUUCUAGUCGAAAUAGUUUUUGAGGUACCUUUUGAUUGCCUAGUAUGGUAGCUACAACAUUCUCGAUCUAAUGUCGGAUACGCAUAGAAGGGUGGUUAUGACAUGCCCAUUAGCGUGGUGCCGAACCUCUAAGACGCCCCUAUGGCAGUCGGCGCAGAUCUUUGUGCUAAAUUCAUUCCCAUUGUAUUGCAACUUAAAAAAAAAUAACAGUGGUGGGCGCAGAUGAUCAGACGUUGGCGAAUUGUGUGGUGGUUCUAGGAAUUCGGAUCCUAGUUCCGGAACGGGGGCAAAUGGAACCGGCAGUCCAGGCGGCUUACGAUCGCUUGAGUAGGGAGCAGGCCGACCGAGACCUUGACGCCCAACAACUUCGAACCCAAGAGGCGAAGGUACUUUUUUCUCUUCAUUUCGAUAGCCUUCUGAAUACGAUAUGGUCCCCAAAGCACACGAAGAAACUUGAGCGGUUGACUUUCCCCAUAACAUCAUGGAUACUGUGCUUUGAUGUCUCGAAAAGAGAGAAGACGCUUAAGGCCGAGCAGAAGCGAGUGCAAAUCCCAAGAACAUUGUUUUUGACAUAUCCACACUCGAAAUACUUCAGAGAAAUCCGUCGAACUUCUAAUGUGAUCAUCUACGACUACUGGAAUAUUCAUAUUGCAAAAAAUGUCGACCAUGAAGGCGAAAUCCGAGGCAAAAAAAAACGAAUUGGCGAGUGUUCAUAAACUGGCGCAACAGGAGCGGGAGGGUAAUGAGGCUGUCGCGAAAAUUCGAUUGGAGCAAAAGCAGGCUGCUGAACAAGCGAAUGCUGAACUUAUGAACGCCCAAGACGAACUAGUUCAAAUAUGGUUGAUAUGGAAGUUGUACGUUGCAACCAAAUCAAGUAACAACCUAGCUUCUUUUCCUACCGAAAAACAUUUAGCUCUCGCCACGUAGGUACACCAGUUAGUGAAUAAAUUGAUGAAUCUCCGCAGAGUCGAGAGUUCACUGUUGUUUCUAGUGCUCCGUUGCUGGACGUUCGUCUGCUUAUGAAAAAAUGGGCAUGUGUGUCUGAUGAUCGAAGCAUGAGGGUUCUCUAAUAUCUAGGAAAAGAUGAGGAGGACAGAAGAGCUUAAGAGCGAAGAAGCCGAUUUGAAGAACCGGAGAGCCCUGAUAAGGCAGCAUCGUGUAGAGAUGAAUGAGAAUACACCACCUCUAGCCUAGGUAAGUACAACCACCUUAAGCGCAAAUCCUAAGACCGAGGGGGAUCCGUGUCUACUGAAAGAAGUGUGCUGAUUGAUUUUCUUUCCUGUCACCUUAUUAUCUCCGGAAGUCGCAGAUGAAGUGAAGGCAAGGUCUAUUUUUGUUAUUGUCAAUCUGAGGUCAACAUGAGCAUGAAUAUUCUCUGCUCAUGAUGGUCUUCGCUGUCCAACCUUCUAAGAAUAAAACACGCAGCGGCGGAAGCCGAACGGAAAACGGUGCUGGCCAAGGCGGAAGCCGAGCAGAUGAUCAUUAUCGGGGAAGCGAAGGCGGCUGCUAAGGCCGCCAACGUGAAAGCGGAAUUCGGGGACUACCGCACUUACGCAGCUGUGGCAGCCUUGCAAGCGAAGUACACUUCCCUGAAGAAUCUAAGAAUUUUGCUAGAGGGAGGUAGCGGUCCAGGAACGGUGCCUCUUCUUUGGGCUUUAUUUCAGGAGGGCAUCGAUGCGGUUCAGAAUGGAAAUCGAUCGGAGCCGAAGUUCUUGGGAAAUAAGACCACGACUCCCGAGGAUGUUGGUAACAGAGCGGAUGCUUGUUUGGGAGACGCGGCUGGAAGUUGCCCUGUCGUCGACAAGCUCGCAGAAGAUGUGGAACGCAUGGACCUGGGUGCGACUGGGCAGGAGCCUCCUUCUACACCCUAACCACAAAGUUGUGGCAAGCAGCUACCGUGUGCAAAUGAAGACAGAGACCUGGUCUUUCUUUGCCAGCUAUGGUGGCGAGAAACUGGUCGGCCUCGUAAGCCGAAGAAUGAACAAGCGAGGAGGAACGAAGAUGCAGACUUACAUGUAUGCAGAUGCAAGUACACUUGAAAAUACUUCCAAUUCGAGGCUGACCGCAUAUCACAACCUAUAGAAUGUCUGUAUUUUGGAGAAUCUUUGUAUUACUACUUCUAGUAGGUUAUGAUCACUAUAGGCAAGAAAUAUCUCUACUCCUACUAGGUUAUCACUUCCAGUACUUCUACUGGGUAUAGCAGAGAAUCACUACUUGUAGUUAGGUAAUAAGGGUGUGAUCGAGUCCUAUUGCAAUGAUCAUGAGAGAAGCACAAGCGUGAUCAUUUGGAGAAUCGCGCAAGGAGCCUAUCGCCUGUUUGUUGUAACAGUUUCGGUUAUUGUUGCCGGCUCCGGCGCUCAUGCCUUGUGGUCUCAAUGAUUUGCCCAAGUAUUCCUGUUGUUACCGGGAAGAACAAGCUUGUACUUAUAUGCAGUGAGUAUGGCAAAAUCAGAGAUGCACGCCUGCCUAUGAUAGUAUAGAAGUACUACAAGAACUUCAUUGAUAUAUGAUGUAAUUAACUCGUGUGCCUGUUCAAAGAUCUUUGCGAAACGAUCUAUAUAGGGAUUAUUGGACAGAACUACUCAACAAGUGUGGUGCCUUUUUUCCCGAACGGCCACUUUUUCUUUAGGAUGCUGCUUCUAGAGGAGGGCUAUGUAAAUUAGUAGCACUGAGGUUGUUUUUUGUCGCCGACAGAGAAUCUUCUUGGCCGCGCUGUUGUCUACGUAAUGUUUAGAAGGCCUCCGCUCUUAACAUUCGUAUUCAUCAGCGGACUGCUCUAGCUGAAAAGGUAGGAACUAUCUGGCAACAGGCGGGGUGCGUGCUACUGUCUUCUUCACGUCUCUAUGAUAGAAGAUGGCAUAAGAAUUUGCUAACUCCGAAUUGAGAGGAGUGUGCUGAGAUUCGCUGCCCAAAUAAUGUUUCCCAAGAAUAGAUCUACCUGUAUCCAAAAACUAUUUGCAUAAUUAAAAGAAUAAGUUUACACUAAGUGUAGGGAACAGAAUCCUCCAUGGAGAAUAAGGUUCUGGAGAAAAAGUUGUUAAAUGUCUGAUGAGGAACAAAGUGUUGGAUUGAAGAAAGAAAGAACUUUGUUGAAUUUUGACACACUGCUGGAACGGUUUUGUCCCGCCAUUAGGGUGGUAGCACUAGAUGGGACACGAUGAUGAUGUUGGUGAAUUGAAAAAUGAAAAAUUCCAGACGGAAGUGAGAACAAUCUAACACGGAGAGUGGACUUUGAACCCAUUACCUCACCGCGGAGGAUCAUCAGAUGCAAUCUGGAUGAAAUUGACGGGAAAAAGUGGCUUGCUGAAGGCCGAUAGAAGAUGAAAAAGAAGACUCAUCGCUCUAUCGUCCAAUGUGUUUGGCUCAGUGGAAGAGUCAGGAUUUGAAAAAUGAAGUAUACCGCUUCAUCAUCAACAUCACUUGAAAUGGAUACGAAAUUGCAUGAUUGAUGACAUGGCUUCUACUUGUGCUAAU